GGCUCGGGCGGGGCCGCGGUGGUCUGCCUGGCGCUGCGCUCGUUGUAGCGGUUUUACCCCUCAGGACGCAGACAUGGCGACCGAGAAGGACCCGCAGAAGGAUUCCGAGCCGGAAGGGCUGAGCGCCACGACCCUGCUGCCGAAACUGAUCCCGUCCGGCGCCGGCCGUGAGUGGCUGGAGCGGCGCCGCGCGACCAUCCGGCCCUGGGGCUCCUUCGUGGACCAGCGGCGCUUCUCGCGGCCCCGCAACCUGGGCGAGCUGUGCCAGCGCCUGGUUCGCAACGUGGAGUACUACCAGAGCAACUACGUGUUCGUGUUCCUGGGCCUCAUCCUCUACUGUGUGGUGACGUCCCCCAUGCUGCUGGUGGCUCUGGCAGUUUUCUUUGGCGCCUGCUACAUCCUCUAUCUGCGUACCUUGCAGUCCAAGUUUGUGCUUUUUGGCCGAGAGGUGACCCCAGCCCAUCAGUACGCUCUGGCUGGGGGCGUCUCCUUCCCCUUCUUCUGGCUGGCCGGCGCGGGUUCUGCCGUCUUCUGGGUCCUGGGAGCCACCCUCGUGGUGAUUGGCUCCCACGCCGCCUUCCACCAGACCGAGGCUGUGGAUGGGGAAGAGCUGCAGAUGGAGCCUGUGUGAGGGGGACCCUCCAGCCUCCCGAGCCCGCUGCCUUGGCCCCACUUGCCCCUGCCCUGCUCGCCCCUGCUCCACACUGCCCCUGCCCCACACUGCCCCGUGCUCCUGGUCAAAGGCCUCCCUGCUAUCCCAAGCCCCGGGGUGGGGGUGGGGUGGGGGAUUCCAACUGUGGAAAUAAAACUGUUACAGCUGUCAUUCA